UUUAAUAAUCUUUGGCCUGAAAAAUGAAAUGACGACAUGAGCCCCAAAAUCUGAAAGUGGUGAGAAUGAGUAGUUACCCAUUGACGGUGCUGACAAAGAAACAAGAGGUGGACGCAAUCAUCAGAGACACCAUCGACAAGGUCCUUGUCCUCCGCUUCGGCCAUGCUUCUGAUCCUGUUUGCCUUCAACUUGACGACGUUCUUUCUAAAUCGGCUCGGGAGGUGUCCAAAUUUGCAAGUGUAGCACUUGUAGAUAUCGAUUCCAAUGAAAUUCAAGUUUAUGUCAAGUAUUUUGACAUUACUUUCAUACCUUCAACAGUUUUCUUUUUCAAUGCUCAUCACAUGAAAAUGGAUUCUGGGACUGCAGAUCACACUAAAUGGGUUGGUGCAUUUCACAAGAAGCAGGAUUUUAUUGAUGUUGUAGAGGCAAUAUAUAGAGGGGCCAUGAAAGGCAAGCUGAUAGUGAGUUGUCCACUGCCACCAGAGCGAAUACCUAAGUAUCAAUUGCUAUACAGGGAUGUAUAAAAGGUUCAAGCAACAUAAGUAGAUAGCCUCAAUCUUAUUUGGAUUUGCAACCCUUGAUGAUCACGUGGAGCAAAUAACAAUUUGAAUAUUGCCAACAGGAGAAAGAAGAUCACAUGUUGGAAGCGUUAUGCCUUUGCAAAAUUUGCAUCCAAAAGCAGCUACCAAAUGCAAGGAGUUUAAUUAAUAUUAUAUGACUCCAUGUGAUUUUAGUAAUUUAAUUAGAUAGCUAAAUAAUUUUUUGUGCUUGGAUUUGUAAUGGUUCACCCAUAUAUAAGGAAUUAAGUUUUCAUAAUUAGAAU